AUGCUAUACACACGUCUUCAGCUCUUGGAGAGUUUCAUGCUCCAGCCAGGAGUAUCAGGAAGCGGCUCAAUAUCAGAGGUCAGACCUGAUUAUGCGAACACAAAGAAAGGAAACGCCCAGAGACUUGAAUGGCAGAACAAGGAUGAUGCACGACAGAGGGCGAAGAUUGCGAAAGCAGGCAUCUGGUCUUUCCAACCUGGGAGCCUGACUAUUGUCGACCUGAGUUGUCCGUUCGUCGAUGAGAGCGCGGCAUGUGCUAUGUUCAACAUUUGCCUUGCCCUCUUCCUGGAAGACAGACAAGAAGCUGGACGGAUUGUGGCGCUCGACGAGGCUCACAAAUUCAUGACUGGGACGGAUUCGAGCUCAGUCUUCACCGAGAGUCUCCUAUCGGUGAUCCGCCAACAGCGCCAUUUAGCCACACGAGUCAUCAUCGCGACCCAAGAGCCAACGAUAUCCCCCAGCCUUCUGGAUCUAACUUCGAUGACAAUAGUGCACCGCUUUACCUCCCCAGCGUGGCUUGUGGCGCUCAAAUCCCAUCUUGCCGCCGUGUCCAGCGAAGGCGAGGCGUCCAAACGACAGGACAUUCUCACGCAGAUUGUGGAACUCGGUGUCGGUCAAGCCUUGGUCUUUUCACCUUCAGCCAUGCUAGGGGUGGAUGAUCAGGACGGCAAUGGGAGUCCAAGGAUGCAGAAGCUGGGGACUCAGUACAUCAAGGUGCGUGUCAGACAGAGAAUGACCGUGGACGGAGGAAAGAGCAUCCUCGCGACUUAG